CUCAGAUUCUUCACUAAACCUCGCUGUCCUCUUCUCCUUCCAAUCUCCAAAAUCUUCAAUGGCCGUUCAAGCAAAUCGCAAUAUAUUUCUUCAAGAACUGUCGGAUUUCAUACCCUUGAGUCAUGAGGAAACUUUCCCAGAUUUGGCUGAUAUCAAACCAAUGAUCACCGGAUUUCAUGGUAUAUUGCCGUCGUUUAAUGUAUCUCAGCCGGCGACGGCGACGGAAUAUGGCGUCGACGGUUAUAUUGGAAAUCAGGAUGUUACCCGGAAGAGACGAGCUCCUGGAGAUUCGAUCAAGUUGUCCCCUUUUUUUGCAUCGCAGAAAAUUAAAAAUCAAAGCUUUAACCAAAACCCAUAUGUUCCCGACAAUGGCGAUUUUCCGGCUCUCCGGCAAUAUCAGGUCGAGAUAGACCGGAUCGUGUCUCAGCAUGCAAAGAAAUUGAAGGUUGAAAUUGAGAAGAGAAAUAAGCAGAUAAUGACGGCGGUGAUCGGAGAAGGGCUGAUGAAGAAAUUAAGCGAAAAAGAGGACGAGAUCCGGCAAAUGUGCAAAUGGAAUCUUGCGCUUCAAGAAAGGGUGAAAAAUCUCGACUUGCAGAAGCAGCUCUGGCGAGACAUGGCCUACAAAAAAGCGGCCGCCGCCGACUCCCUCCGUGCCAAUUUAGAUAAGCUCCUCUCCAGCGCCGCCGCGGUGGACGAAGAUUCGGCGUCCUCCUGCUGCGGAAGCAGCGGCGACGCCCGCGGCGGCCGGAUCUGCCGGCGUUGCCGAGUGAGAGAGUCGAGUGUUUUGCUGCUUCCUUGCCGGCAUCUGUGUCUUUGCGCAAUGUGUUUUGGGUCAAUUCAGAUUGACAAUUGCCCAGUUUGCAAUUCAGACGCUAAUGCCUCUCUUCACGUUAAUUCUUCUUCUGAUUGACCAAGAAGAUAACCAGGAAAAGAUUGAAAUAUUACCAUUUUUAGAUUUUAGAUCUUGGUGUAAUUAGAUUCUUUACCUCGGUGAUAGAAUUCAAAUUUUCUAUGCCAUGCCUUUUUUGUGAUUCUUUACUUUGGUUUCCUUCCACAUUUUAAUUUAUUUAAGGGAAAAGAUUGAAAUAUUACCAUAUUUAGUUGCUCAAAUAGUUAUUAUAUUGAAAUGUAAGAUAUUGUAUAUUCGAGUUUGCAAAUGUCACCCCUCAAUUGUUCAAAUUGC